UCAGCCAGAAAUCAGUCGUCAGCUAGUGGCCGAAGUGUCAGUUACACACAUCGAGAGUUCCCAAACCGCGUUGCGUCGGAGACCGAUCAGAUCACAUCCAGAUCCAGAUCCAGAUCCCAUAACGUAUCCGAAAAACAUAAUCAUAGUGUUGAAAGCCCCCAAAACAUAGACUGAUCUAAAAAGUGCUUGCGGUAACAGACGAAGUGAGAAAACGUGCAGCAGAAACGAUCGCGAAUCGCUGCAAUUAAAAAGUCGUCAUAAAACGCAGUGCCCAGCCAAAUAGCAAAACAACAACAAGAACAACAACAACAACAACAGCAGCAAAAAAAACAAGAAGAUGAACCAGACAUGCAAAGUGUGCGGCGAGCCGGCGGCGGGCUUCCAUUUUGGCGCCUUCACCUGUGAGGGUUGCAAGUCCUUCUUUGGCCGAUCGUACAACAACAUCAGCACUAUUAGCGAGUGCAAGAACGAGGGCAAGUGCAUCAUCGACAAGAAGAACCGCACCACCUGCAAGGCGUGCCGCUUGAGGAAGUGCUAUAACGUGGGCAUGUCGAAGGGAGGCUCCCGCUACGGUCGCCGCUCCAACUGGUUCAAGAUCCACUGUCUGCUGCAGGAGCACGAACAGGCGGCAGCGGCUGCCGGCAAGGUGCCCCCCUCGGCGGGUGGUGUCUCGGUGGGUGGUGGUCCGUCGGCUUCCUCGCCCGUGGGCUCACCUCACACCCCCGGCUUUGGGGACAUGGCCGCCCAUCUGCACCACCACCAUCAGCAGCAGCAGCAGCAGCAGCAGCAGCAGCAGCAGCAUGUGCAGCGCCAUCCACACAUGCCCCUGAUGGGCUAUCCCAGCUAUCUGCCCGAUCCCGCUGCCGCCCUGCCCUUCUUCAGCAUGAUGGGGGGCGUGGCCCCGCACCAGUCGCCCUUCCAGCUGCCCCCGCACUUGCUCUUCCCCGGCUACCAUGCCAGUGCCGCCGCAGCAGCCGCCUCGGCCGCGGAUGCCGCCUAUCGCCAGGAGAUGUACAAGCACCGCCAGAGCGUGGACUCUGUGGAGUCGCAGCAUCGCUUCAGUCCCGCCAGCCAGACGAUGCCGCCGGUGCAGCCCAGCCCCUCGGCCCGCCAGUCGCCCAUCGACGUCUGCCUGGAGGAGGAUGUCCAGUCGGUGCACAGCCAUCAGUCGUCCGCCAGCCUGCUGCAUCCCAUUGCCAUCCGCGCCACGCCCACCAGCAGCCCCCUGAGUUUUGUGGCCAAGAUGCAGAGUCUGUCGCCGGUGUCGGUGUGCUCCAUUGGUGGCGAGACCACCAGCGCUGCCCCAGUGCAACCGGCAUCCACAGUCACCGCCACAGCCCAGGAAGGACCCAUGGAUCUGAGCAUGAAGACAUCGCGCAGCUCGGUGCACAGCUUCAACGACAGCGGCUCCGAGGAUCAGGAGCUGGAGGUGGCUCCACGGCGCAAGUUCUACCAGCUGGAGGCCGAGUGCCUGACCACCACCAGCAGCAGCAGCAGUUCCUCCCACUCCGCCCACACCGCCAACACCACCGCCGCCGCCCAUGCAGAGGUCAAGCGGCAGAAGUUGGCCGGUUCGGAGGCCACCCACUUUGGUGGCUUUGCGGUAGCCCACAAUGCGGCCAGUGCCAUGAGGGGCAUUUUUGUGUGUGUCUAAGGAGACGUGACCGCCAUCCAGUUCCAACUCCAGAGCAGAGCUUCAACCACAGUGGCUCCGAGCAUCAGGAGCACCACCACCCAUGUGGAGGUCAAGCGGCAGAAGUUAGGCGGUGCGGAGGCACUUUCGUGUGUGUCCAAGUACACGGCGAAAAACUCCAAGUGGGAGGAGCCGCCCUCGUUGUUUUUUUUUUUUGUUACUUAAAAGAAAAUGUAAAUUUUUUCUCGUGUGCUCGCUCUCACACUUUGAGGAGGUGAAAGAGACAGGGACAGACAGGUUUCGCUGGAAAGAGACAGCUAGACCAGGUAGUUGCAUUGCACUCGCACUCGCACCCUUGCAUACACACACCAACACGUACACACACACACACACUCACACACUCAACUAUUGAGCUCAGAUCCAAAAAUUAUUAUUAUAAAAAACGUUGAAAUUGUAAAUAUAUCUUCGAGCUUGUUUGCAAUCGCAUUUUAAAGUUAGCCAGCGGAAGUGCUGUAGAAGUAGUUACCAUUCCCACCCUCGAAUCGCUAUUGUACAUACCAAUUGUUAAGUAUAAGCAUGAUCUUAAUUGUGUUUAAGUAUUUUAUUAUAUUUUAGUCCUAGUUACCCUACGUCUAUAGAUUGGCUUUUAGAUUUAUACAAUUGAAAAUAAAAACUAUUAAAAAUUAA